AUUAUGGAAAGUUAACGUGAGUGUUCGCGCGCGCUCUAGAGUUAUUGAAAUGUAUAAAGGGCGAUUUACUGAAAAAGAGAAGAAUGGAAAGUACAGCUUAGGUCUAGGAGCUAAAGCUAUAAAAUAUAUGUUAUUAUUUCCAGAAAGCAGUAUAUGGGGAGGAUUUUAUUUAUAUAAGUAAUAGUUUAAAUAUUUAAACAUUAAAUAAUUUCUCCUUUUCUUUUAAAUAAAAUGGCUUCAUCUAUUGCUUGAGCUGCGCAGUAAAACAAUAAUUUUUUUUGUUCACUUGCGUCACAUGACCUGAACAUUGGCCCCGUGACCAAAAUUGAAGAAGGAAAAUUCAAAAUUGUUUGCUACACACACAUGGAUAUGCUGGAUCCAUUAGAAUCUGGAGAGUCUGAAGAGGUGGAUAAUAAAUUAUUAUUAAACGAAAUACACAUAAAGAGACAAAUUAAUGACAGUGAUGAGGAUGGUAAUGUGGAACAUCUUUCACCUCAAACUUUAUUAGAGACAUCUGACCACGAAGUGCAAUACUCUAUAAGAUCUGCUGAAGGAAACAUGAUUACCUACAGGGUUCUUCAAGUAGACGAUGGCAGUGUAGAAACGAAUCCACAAUUAGUUACAACAGGUGCUAGUGCAUUCAAUAAUCCUGUAUCUCAAGUGAUAAGCAAUAAUUUAAAUGGACAACUUUAUGUUAUUGGGAAUGCUAGUGAAAUGUUCACAGCACCAAGUGGGGCAAGAGCAAUAGCACCUAGGACAGCCAUUGUUGAUACUAGUAGUAAUUCGAUCACGUCUAGCAUGAAGAAAAAAGACGAAAGACGUAGGGCAACACAUAAUGAAGUGGAACGAAGACGGCGGGAUAAAAUCAAUAACUGGAUAACGAAACUAGCAUCUAUAAUGCCAGAAAAUACUAAUGGAGAAAUUCGAGCUAAUGGUCAUUAUGACGGCCAAUCGAAAGGUGGUAUUUUAGCAAAAGCUUGCGAUUAUAUAAUGGACUUGAAAGAUAUUGCAGAAAAAUAUGAUAUGUUAUCACGUGAACAUAAUGAUUUGCUUCAUACCUUAGAAAUUGUUAAUUCUAAAAACACUAAUUUAGAAAAAGAAAAUAGAGAAUUGAAAGCUUUGUUGAAAAAGAAUAGUAUUCUUUAUGUACCUACUGAUUUAUCUUAAUGUUGUUGAAUAUUUAAAGGUCGUUUUAGAAGUAAAAUGGAGACUCUGUUGUGAUUAUUUUGUUUGUAAAGAAUUUUUUUAUUGUUUAGUUAGAAAAUACAUGAAAUUAAUAUUCGAAUCCGGUAAGGAUAGCUUUAACUUGGAUUGUAAUCCAAAAUGUCACUUUAAAUUUAUAUAUAAUAUAUGUAACAUGGAUGAAAUAUUUCACUUAUUAUCAACAUAUUCAUAAUUUUUAUAUUGAUUUAGGAAAUUAAAAUUUGAACGGGACAUUAUGUUAGAAUCAAAAUGUUAACUGAUUUCAUUGGAAAAAUCAUAUUUAAUGUAUAAGUUAUAGAAAAAUAAACAUAUUUAUACAAAUAAUAUAGAAA